AUGACUCUUCCUCUCCUUACUCGGUACCAAGCAGAACAUAUUCCUCUAGCACAGAGAGAGUAUCCCGAUCCACAGGAGGUCCCGGUAGUUACAACUACACCACCGAAAGAUCUUCCAGGUCCUCCGAUGCACCUGGCGGAUAUCAUUCCUCUUACAGUUCCACAACAUCUGGACGUCUUCCCGGCGGUACAGCCUUACCAUAAAAACAUACCGUAUAUUGGUCAUAAAAGGCUGGUUAUAGUUCAACCGUCUACUCACGGCUGGCGACCUAAACAUGCGGCUCUUAUUGGUGAAAUGGAUAGAAUCUAUCAUAAGGUUCGUCCAUCAUUGGCUUAUCAACCAACAGAAGAUUAUUUAAACUCGAGAUCUAUUCUGUCAUUUGAUGAUGAAACUCGUUCGAUAAGAGCUAAAACGGCUGAAAUUUUGAAGAGGAUUCACACCCCAGUCCCCCGUGCUCAAAGACCUCUACCAUUACCCGGAGAUCACACCGAGCUUCCAAUAACAGAGAGGAUAACAUCAAAUAAUUAUAUUGAUCGCCUUCUUUCAUCGUUUGGUAAUCAUCAUCCCGUCACCAUACAAGUUUAUCCAGAGCCCAGACAAUACAGCAGACUAGGCAAUAGUCAUCUUGCGUGUUUAACUUAUGCCGGUGGCAGACCGAUUUUAAGAAGGAGAAAUCUCGCAUCCGCAGAUUCUGAUUACAUCAAAGAUGACAUAAACGUACUUUCGUAUUACAACAGAUUUAGGCAAGCAGCCGAAAAGGCAACGCAUCAACCCGAUGGAGAAUUCGGUUCAGUUUCACAUCCACCCCCUAGCAAAUCUCCAGUAACUGGAUCAUGGAAAUCUAAUGCACCGCGUCGUACACAAUCUGAUAAGGUUUUCACGAAACCGAGUGCCGACGGCGAGUCUGAUUCUACACCGAUGAGAAAAAAAACCAGGCGUGAAAUUUUAGAAGAAGAAGCUUUAAAAGAAGCACAAGAAGAAAAACGUCGAAAUCAAGAGCUUAAACUCCAAGAAGAUUUGGCUAAUAAAGCAGAGGCCGAAAGACAAUCGGAACUCGAUGAAAAAGCACAAAAAGAAGAAGAAGAACGAUUAUUAAGAGAAGAAAAUGAAAAAUUAGAAGCCGUUAAAAGAGCAGAAGAAGAAGAAAAACGAAAAGCCAAAGAGGAGGAAGAAGCUAGAUUAGCCGAAUUAGAAAGGGAACGUCAAGAAAAAGAAGCUGAAGAAAAACGAAAGGCCGAAGAAGAAGCAGAGCGUAAAGCCGAAGAAGAACGACUGGCGAAAGAAGAAGCUGAGAGAAAAGCCGAAGAAGAACGAUUAGCUAGGGAAGAAGAAGAAAGGAAAUUAAAAGAGGAAGAAGAACAGAGAUUAAAAGAAGAAGAAGAAGAAGAACGGAGAUUAAAAGAAGAAGAAGAACGAAGGUUGAAAGAAGAGGAAGAGCAAAGAUUAAAAGAAGAAGAAGAGCAAAGAUUAAAAGAAGAACAACAACAACAAGAAGGAGAAGAAGAAGUUGUCGGAGAUGUCGAAGAAGCUGAAGAAAAUGACAACAAAGACGACAAUGCGGAAAUGGAAGAAUUAUCAAAAAACAUAGACGAUAAUGCAUCCAUAGCUGAAGAAAUCGAAGCUGAACCUCUUGUUGACGAACCUAGCGAAAUACCUGGAAAAACAAAUGUAGAAGACGAAGAGAACGAAGAAGAAGAAGAAGAAGAAGUGGAAGAAGACGCUGAAUAA